AGGUGUGGCGAACAGAAAACAGACACACAGGUGCAAAGGAGGAGAGGAAGAAGAAUAAAACAAUUCAGAAAACCUGAGGUGCUGUUCCUGGAUUCGGUUUGGGCAUUGACCGACACAGGCAAAAGAGGAAGAGAGCAAGAUGGCUGAGGUUCCAAAGAUUGAGCUCUUUGUUAAGGCCAGUGACGACGCUGAAAGCAUCGGGAACUGUCCGUUCUCCCAGAGGCUCUUCAUGAUCCUGUGGCUGAAGGGAGUCAACUUCACCCUCACUACGGUUGACAUGAGGAGGGCCCCAGAUGUGCUGAAAGAUCUGGCUCCUGGAUCUCAGCCUCCUUUUCUUCUCUACAACAAAGAAGUGAAAACAGACACCAACAAGAUCGAGGAGUUCCUGGAGGAAACUUUGGCUCCACCACAAUACCCCAAACUGUGCUGUCGAUACAAAGAGUCCAACGGUGCAGGGGAAGACAUCUUCAGGACGUUUUCUGCGUACAUUAAAAAUCCCAACCCUGGWUUGAAUGACAUGCUGGAGAAGAAAUUCCUGACCACUCUGGUGAAGCUGAACAGGUACCUCGAGACGGCCCUGCCGCACGAGCUGCAGAAGAACCCAAAUGAAGCUGAGUCUAAACGUUUGUACCUGGAUGGAGACUCCUUCACCCUGGCAGACUGCAACCUGCUUCCCAAACUCAACAUCGUAAAGGUGGUGUGCAAGGAGUACCGUAACUUUGACAUGCCCAGAGAACUCAAAGGUCUGUCACGUUACCUGGAUAACGCCUACAAGCAGGACGUGUUUCGAUACACCUGCCCAAACGACUCAGAGAUUCUCAUCGCCUACAAAUCUGUGGCCAAAUACCUGACCAAAUAGAUCGACAAGGAGUGAUCAGGCAACUG